GUGAGCAUUGCUGUGCAGAGGAUCCCAGAGGAGGCUAGUACUUGGGGCACUGAGCCUGGCAUCUGAGGGCACUGAGCCUGGCAUCUGGGGUGCCCAGCCCCCCAACAUGAAAUGAGGGGAGCAGAGACAGGGCAGCCAGCCUGGCCAUAGAUCUGGUGAGGCGCGAGAAUGGCGAGCAGCGCGGUGCUGAGUGAGAAUCUCCCCACAUAUAAACUGGUGGUGGUUGGCGAUGGAGGCGUAGGUAAGAGUGCGCUCACCAUACAGUUUUUCCAGAAGAUCUUUGUCCCGGAUUAUGACCCCACCAUAGAAGAUUCCUAUCUGAAGCACACGGAGAUCGAUGGGCAGUGGGCUAUACUCGAUGUGUUAGACACGGCUGGACAGGAAGAAUUCAGUGCCAUGAGAGAGCAGUAUAUGAGGACCGGCGAUGGCUUCCUCAUCGUGUACUCCGUCACGGAUAAAGCCAGCUUUGAACACGUUGAUCGCUUCCACCAGCUCAUCCUCCGAGUGAAAGACAGAGAAUCUUUUCCAAUGAUCCUGGUGUCUAAUAAGGUCGAUCUUAUUCAUCUCAGGAAAGUUUCCAGCGAUCAGGGAAAGGAAAUGGCAGCAAAGCAUAAUAUUCCUUACAUUGAAACAAGUGCGAAGGACCCACCCCAGAACGUGGACAAGGCUUUCCACGACUUGGUACGAGUCAUCAGGCAGCAAAUUCCAGAGAAAAUCCAGAAACGUAAGAGGAACACCAAGUGGCGAGGGGACCGUGGUACGGGUUCUCACAGGCUGCAAUGUGUGGUCUUGUGACAGGUCGCUGGCAUCUCAAAACAGACUUAUGAGCAUUAGUGUCACUUGUACAAGGACUGUGCCACGUCAAAAGCUACCACUAACCCAGGCUGCCUCACUGAAAUGAAGGCCAGGUCCACAAAGAAUGCUCCGGUCAUUGAUCGAGCUACACGUGCAAAAAAAACAUGUUGCCAUCAAGCAGGCCUUCCCUCCCCCGAUGUCAAAAACUGUGGAGUCGGCAAACUUGGGUCCUCUUUUUUUCCGCAGUCUGUCUUUCCUCACACAUCAUCACUUUCUAGAAGACAGAUGCAGCCUUUAUUUGCUAUUCUUAUUUAACCGGGGUACAUACAUUUGAGGUUUUUGGGGUUUCUGUCUCAGGCCGAUGGCAUGAGUUAAUUCAAGUUCUCCUCACUGUAGGACCCAGAGAGGAUUCAGCGUUCUUUGCGGCUGCAGCAUGAAAAUAUGAAUGGUUUUCCAUACUGGGAGGAAACAGCCUUUUAAUCCUGCCAACCGGAAGCUCAAUUUGCAUUAGACGAUUCCCGGCAGAACAGUUUGUUUGUUUUUCUCUUCGCGUUCCCAAUCUCAUGUCUUCUCCUGACCUCACACCACGUGUCUCUGUGUCUUGUAGUUUACACAUUCAUUGGCCACGUAUCCUGUUAAUUAACCUCCCAAUAGGGUUCGAACAAACAGCACUUUGAAGACUUUCAUACUAAGAGAUCCAGUCAGUUUUUGGACAUCUUCUUGCAUUAGGGCAUCAGAAUUCCAUCAACCCGUGUAGAACCAGGAGGGACAUCCGUGCAUUCAAAAGGCUUCUGCACUAAAGUCCUGUCCACUCCGAAAGCUGCCAGAAACGCUGCACUAGAAGCCUUGCCUCGAAUACCUCCUGCUGUGCUAAGAGAACCUGGCCCUAGGACCCACUUUAAUGGGGCACUCAGAGCACCCAAAUGUCAAAUGAAAUGUGUUACGUUACCGUUAGUGCUUACAGUGCAUGGGGGGAGCUUUUUAUUUGUUCAUGUUUUGAGGGGAUUAGUAAUUGAUCAUUUUACUCUUUGUACCCCUUCCAACCUUAGCAUUUCCCUUUUUGUUUCAGAAGAGUUAACUUCCUAUAGAAGAAGCUGAUAAUUGAACUCCCAAAAGCUUGCUGUGCCCUUACCCGCUGUUUGUGGGGGAAGGCUCAGUAAAGCCGUAGAACGUUAAAGGAGCCUAGUGAUUGGCAUUUUCUGGUUUAGUUAGAGCUUACUGAAGAAGCUGCACAGAAUGUGUUUUGCUGCAAAUGAAGGAACUUCAAAUGUGAGCUUUUUUUUUUUUUUUUUAUUGUUUUAAACUUGUUUUUGCAUACUUUUUUUUUUUAUGCAUUCAAAAAUAAUGGGUCAACCUGGAAUAGUCCAUUGAAUGAAACGUACGUUGAAGUUGCGCAGUCACUUUCUAUAUCCUUUACGGUGAGAUAUUCUCCGCACAUACCGGACAUUCUCCGCAGUGAUUUCCUUACUGUUAUUUCUGUAGGUUUUACAUCGCGAGGAACUAACUGGUUUAUACUUUUUCUUUUAUUAGCUGUCUUUUAGCUUUUUAUUUUCCAUUUUCUUUUUUGCUUAAUUAAUGCUCAAAGCAUGGAAUAGGAUAACCCAUUUUUCAUUUAAUUUUUUUAAUUUAUUUUUUACCAUUUGCCCUCUGUUGACCUUUUCAGUAUAAUAUGAAUUCAUCAUACCUGUAACUGGUUAAGAAAAAAAAACCUGAUUAUACAACAGUUAGUGUCAUUUUUUUUAAUUUUAUUUUUACCACGCAUUCCACCAAAGGCCUGUCUAUUGCUGGGGUAAUUCACUGUAAACGCGAUACAUUAACCCAUUUUUAUAUCAAAGAUAUAUUAAAUCCAUAAAUGUAUUCAUUUUCAUUUUGCUUUAAUUUUUUUAAGCGUUUUUGGGGUUUUUUACUCCCCCCACACACACUUUUGGCCUUCCAAUUACAAGAUUGCAAAUGAAAGCUGUUUAGACCACUUUCUGUGGCUCUCCAGCACACACGGGGUUAACACGCCCAUAUGUAAUGAAUGAGUGCUUGACUAAGAAAUGGCUUCCAGCUGGCUGGCUCUCUAGACAUUGUGUCAAACCCUGGAAUGGGGCCAAUCUGAGGCCUUGGAGGAGAAAAAAGACUUUCUAUUCUUCUGUAAUUUUAUUUCAAUCAGCUUAUCAAAACAGUUUUCUAAAGAUACCUGGCAUUCUCAGAGGAUGUUAACUGUCUGGGUGCCAGGAGGCUCAGAUACCCCUCUGGUAUUUAACAGUAAAAAAAAAGAAAGAAAAAAAAAGAAGAAAUUAUAAGGGUACAAAGGAAUUUAAUUUCACUGACUUUUGUGAAUGUAUUAACUUAUUUCUAGGGGAAUAAACGGUGAUACAUUAUUUUAAAA